AUGGAGGAGAUUAUGUCUGUCAUGCAGUGCGCGCUUAGUCUUUUGAAGAACAUGGGGCUGGCGCAGUGCAUGGCAGGCCCGGAAAGCGUGGUUGGCCGGUUGUUUGUGCCUGCGAGCCAGCUGCUUGAGGCCAGGGCGUACCUGGACCCGUUUCUCAGCGCGCAGGCGGAGAUGGAGAGCCUGCGGCGCCUGGACGAGAUUGUGGAGCUGCAGAAGGAGCUAAACACCGACAUAUACGAAGCAUGCAGCAACGAAUCCGACUUUUCAAAUGACGGCAGCGGCUCAGACGAGCAUGCGGCGCCUGGAGACUUUGUGGAGUUGGGCCCGCGGCGGAAGCGGUUCAAGAAAAGCCUUCUUACAGAAAGCUCUGUGUCGUGUGCAAAAUACAACUACCCAUACAAAACUCUGUGCAUGCUCUUUCUGGCUCUUGCAUACGACCCCGAGAAAAAGGCGUACGACCUGCAAGGCCUGCGGAACCGGAUUGGAGACACGGAAGGGGCGGAGCGCACAAAGGCGUUUAUCCAGAAGCUGCAGGCCCAGUUGGAAGCGUGCUCGUUUUUCGGGGCAUUCAAGGCUGAAGAUUGGAGGUGUUUGGGCUUGGGGGACACUGUGCCGGCACAGUUUGGCAGGCUUACAGGGUAUGUGAGCGCAAGAAUCCUGGACUCGGUGCAGGCGCUUGCUAAAAUAACUGGGCAGCCAGAGGGCGUGGUGGAGGGCCUGAAGCCGGCUCCAAAGGACUGGAGAGAAAUGAGCCAAAGAGUUCUGCACGGCAACGAGGUCGAGCACAUUUACGCGCUUCUGCGCCCGCUGGCUGUGUGCAAAAUGGCGGGCGUGCACGUCUGGAGCUACUUGUACAACUCAGACUACAACCGCGCCGUGCUCACACUAACGCACCCGGCCAUAGACAGCGCCCGCAGGCAGAUUCUCAAGGUGACCUUCUGCAGCCAGUACACGAAGGCCAGCAUCCAUCUGCCAAGCUCGCGCCUUUCUGCGCGCAUGCUCAAGGACAUGGAGCAGCUGGCUGCGCAUUACAGAGAGCAGGCGUUCUUUCCGAGCUUUGUGUUUGCGGAGUGCCUUGACACGAUGGUCUUGCGAUGCAACAGCCGGCACGCCCCGGAUGCAGCCCUCAAGAGGCUGCAGAAGGCGGCCAGAAAGGCCAUAGAGCGCAGCCCGAACGCGCCCAACCGCGUGCUGCUCGCGCUGCCCAUUGUGGGCCAGGAGUUUCGGAAGCAGGCUGUUUCUGUGCUUCUGAUGUGUGCGUUCGCAGAAGGUGUUGUGCUGACUGCCGCCCACCCAAUAGUGCGCCUGGCCGCAAAUGUGAUAGGAAGUGCGGACUACGAGUCGCUGUGCUAUGGGGACGAGAUUUUCUGUGUAGCCAUGUAUGCAAAUAUGCCCAGCCCGCUCCGCCCGUCAGUGCAUCAUCUGCCUGAGAAGCAGCUCAAAGACUUCAUAGACGACCUGCCAACGCCUGAGUAUUACGGGCUGUACUCCCAUGAAAGGGCGAGGGUGCUCACGAGAAAGAUAAUCAUGGAGUACCUCCGCGCGUAUGCCGUGCAGGCCAAACAGCCUCUGUUCGAGUGCAAACAUCUGAAGGGGCACGAUGCCCUUAAAAAAAUAGCGUACUAUUUGCUUGCUGAGUCUCCUGCGGAGGCGCUGCUGGAGAUUGGCGCGCUGCUCUGCGCAGGGCAUAAAGGCGCAGAGCUAGAGAAAGCCAAAAGGCUGUCCGAGACGAUAAGCUUUACUUCUCUGCUGCUUCUGCUGGCCGACGAGGGCCUGGCGAAAAGCCGCAAUGAUAUUUUGCAGGUGUACAGCCUUACAAACCUGGCGUGCAUUCAAGACAACAUUGACAGCCUGUGCUAUUGGGACUCGGGCACGCAGCAAAAGGCAGCCGAGUUGAUGGAGGACAGCUGUAUAAAAAGCGCGCUGCAGAAGGCCGGCGGGCCCGUGAAGUUCGCGGCGCUGCAGCGCAUACUGCAAGAGCUGCGCACGGCUCUGCAGAGAAAUAGGGCGUUAUAG